GAGUGUCUGAGAGCCGUUGGCUGCUCUGAACCGUUUGGCUCUCUCUCUUAGUAACAGCAUUUACAUUCUCCUUCAAUUCCUCUUCCAUCUAAUCAGCAAAAAAAUACACUUUUCAUGGAUUUAAUCGUUGAUUCCCCGUCUUAACUUGGGUUACAACUAGAAAUCACAUUAUUUUUACUUUUAUAGUGAAGACAAUUCCACUUACAAGUGAAAGAAAGAAGGGUCCCCAAGCAGCAUUUUGAACUUAAAAUAUUCCCGAGAGGCCCAGAUAAGGUGGAGUGGCCUGCACUGUGGUUGUUUUGUUGGAUAACUUUUCUGCAGAGUGCUACUACUUGGUUGCUGGAAGAAGGUUUUAUAGCCAGAUACCAAAUCAGCAGAUGUUUCAUACGGAGAAAAACAGUGUGCAGGCACAUGUCCUUUCAAGUGACCUCAUGGUUUAAGUGGGUCUAAAGAUGAGUAUAAGCAGCGAUGAGGUUAACUUUCUGGUAUAUCGAUACUUGCAAGAAUCAGGUUUUUCUCAUUCAGCAUUUACUUUUGGCAUAGAAAGCCACAUCAGCCAAUCAAAUAUAAAUGGUGCCCUUGUACCUCCUGCUGCUUUGAUUUCUAUAAUACAGAAGGGCCUGCAAUACGUAGAGGCUGAAGUUAGCAUCAACGAGGAUGGAACUUUGUUUGAUGGCAGGCCUAUAGAGUCUCUUUCACUCAUAGAUGCUGUCAUGCCUGAUGUGGUACAGACAAGGCAACAGGCUUACAGAGAUAAACUUGCACAACAACAGGCAGCGGCAGCUGCAGCAGCUGCUGCAUCUGCACCCAGCCAACAAGGAGCUCCAAAAAUUGGAGAAAAUGCUGCGAACGGGGAGGAGAAUGGAGCACAUGCAUUAGCAAAUAACCAUGCAGAUAUGAUGGAAGUUGAUGGUGAUGUAGAAAUUCCUUCAAAUAAGGCUAUGGUACUCCGUGGUCAUGAAUCUGAAGUGUUCAUUUGUGCUUGGAAUCCUGUUAGUGACCUGCUGGCAUCAGGGUCUGGGGACUCCACAGCUCGAAUCUGGAACUUGAGUGAGAAUAGCACUAGUGGUCCAACACAACUUGUACUCAGACACUGUAUAAGAGAAGGUGGCCAGGAUGUACCUAGUAACAAAGAUGUGACGUCUCUGGACUGGAAUAGUGAAGGCACACUUUUAGCAACAGGGUCUUAUGAUGGAUUUGCCAGAAUAUGGACAAAAGAUGGCAACCUAGCAAGCACUUUGGGACAACACAAAGGCCCAAUAUUUGCAUUAAAGUGGAACAAGAAAGGAAAUUUUAUUCUUAGUGCUGGUGUUGAUAAGACUACAAUUAUUUGGGAUGCACACACUGGAGAAGCCAAGCAACAAUUUCCUUUUCACUCUGCACCCGCACUAGAUGUUGACUGGCAGAGCAAUAACACAUUUGCCUCGUGCAGUACAGAUAUGUGUAUUCACGUCUGUAAAUUAGGACAAGACCGGCCUGUUAAGACAUUCCAGGGACAUACGAAUGAAGUGAAUGCAAUUAAGUGGGAUCCAACUGGUAACCUGCUUGCAUCAUGUUCUGAUGACAUGACUCUAAAGAUUUGGAGCAUGAAGCAGGACAGUUGUGUCCAUGACUUACAAGCACACAACAAAGAAAUCUAUACCAUAAAGUGGAGUCCAACAGGACCAGGCACCAAUAAUCCUAAUGCCAAUCUUAUGUUAGCAAGUGCGUCCUUUGAUUCCACAGUCCGGUUGUGGGAUGUAGACAGAGGCAUUUGUAUUCACACUCUGACCAAACAUCAGGAGCCUGUUUACAGUGUAGCGUUUAGCCCAGAUGGCAGAUACCUUGCCAGCGGUUCUUUCGAUAAAUGUGUUCAUAUUUGGAACACACAGACAGGUGCUCUAGUCCAUAGUUACAGGGGAACAGGCGGAAUAUUUGAAGUUUGUUGGAACGCAGCAGGAGACAAAGUUGGAGCAAGUGCAUCCGAUGGUUCAGUUUGUGUAUUAGACCUCAGAAAAUAACGCUGCUAGUUGGAAAGCCAUGGACCGACUAUGAAUGUGUACAUAGCCAAAAUGACUGUCCCUACCCCAUGUACUGCUGUAGUCCCACUUGAAACAUGGCCACUCCACUCCACCUAAACAAAAACCAAAACAGAUUAAAAAAAGGAGUACAGCAUUUAAUGAAAAGGAAAAAAAAAAACUCUUGACAGGAGUGGGAACAAUUAAUCACUGUCCACGGCCUGAAAAUCCUGAGAGCUGGAAAUUAUUCUACCCAUAGUUAACAGUUGGCAUUUCUGGAUAAAAGAGCAAAUGAAAGUACAACAGAAGGACUCAACAGAAGUCUGUAUGUACCAAACGUGGACGAUGCAGAAAAAAUAACUUGUUUUAAAAUUUCUUUUGAUCCGUAGAUGUAACGGAGUUCUUUCUCGUCAGUAGUUGAGCUGCCUGUGUUUACCUUCAUGUUGGCUUUCCUAACUUGUCAGUAAUAAUUUGGAUUUUUUCCAGCCUCGUGCUCUGGUUAGUUUACAGUUGCAUGACAAAUGAGGUCAGCAGAUUUGGCUUCUUCCUUAUCUUCCAUCUCAAACAUGAAGCUUUUUUAAGUAUUCAAUGACUUUAAAAAAGAAAAAAAAAGUUUGGUACAUUUUGCAGCUGGCUGAUCAUAUUUUUUGCUGAGAAGUGUAGACAGACUCCAAUAGUACUGGAUCUGAGUUUGUACUUGCCAUAUACAUAAGCAGAUCUGAAAUGGAUAUCACGCUAUGGUUUCAGGUGAUGCGACUUGCCCUGCAGUAUUUAUGUACUGGGGACAUAAUUCUGUUAAGUUAAAUAAAAGGGCACAGCUAGAAAGCAGAUGCAGAAAUGCAUCUUUUUUUUCUUUUUUCUUUUGUUUGCUUUAUAACCAUAGCUGAGAUAUGGUUGAAUUGUGCACUACUGUCAUUUUCAACAAAUGUAAUGGACAUUUUAAAAAUGUAAUGUCUUUUUGUAUAACAAUGCUGUGGCUCCUACUAGGUUGUACAUCAUUCACAAGCAGGUGCAAACUUAUAGUAAUGUAACCAGAUUCCAGUAUUAAUGUGAUCUUGUAAGCAUUUAUUUUAAAUAUCUUCCCACAAGUGUACUUUUUAAAUGGGUUGUAUGACCCAUUUUGUAAAAAAAUAUAAAAAAUAAAAAAAUAAAUAAAUUUUAUGUUCCCCUAUUAAAAGUAUGGGCAGAGGGGAAGGGUCAGCUUGCUUCAAGUUUCUUUUUAAUUUCAGGCUUUAGUUUGUUCAUGAAAGUUAUACAUCAUUCUUCUGCAUCUUCAGAUGAACCUGUUUUAUGGUCAGAGAUUUAAAGUACAGUGAAGAGUGGGUCUUAGCUGCUAUGUUUUAAUAGUCAUCCAUGGAAGAGAUAUUUGUGUAGUUAUUUUGAUAAAUGUUGUCAUUGAUUUUCCUAAAGUGCUAUGUAUUUCAGACAAAUUUGUUUCCGCUUUAGUUUUUAAAGCUACUUUAAUGGUAAAGAUAUAUAUUUUUUUAAUAAGAAAUGGUGACAUGAAGCCAUGUAAUUAUAUCUUGGACUUCUUUUGAAGGAAAGUGCUUCAUGUUCAAGAUUGCUUUCAUAAUUUUGUGAAAGGUAGAUCUUAGGGACAUACCCCUUUUCCUGUAGGCUACAUCUUUGGAAAAUUAAUACCACUGGUGUUGGACCUUUCAUGAAUGUUUGUGUCGUUAGCAGCCAGCCCUAAGCUGUUCUUUCUUAACUUUGUGUCACAUGGGUAACACCCAUCUUGGAUGCUGGUGUUAUUGUUUUGUUUGAGUAGUGACAACCCUUCUUUUAGCUUUAUGUGCUGCAGUAUCCUCAUUGGGUAUUCACUGGCGGAUAGCUCCCAGUGCUGGUUUGUCCUUCAUACAUUUAUAGUAAUAACUUUCACUAAUGACUGUGUUGCUUCUAUGAGUUGGUCUCUUCUUGACCAUACAUAGCCUUUACAUCCAUUCUGACCUCAGGUCGUGUUUCUCUGCAGAAUUUUCUCAUGUCCAUGUAGCAUUUGAUUUGAUGUCAUCAGUACAUUUUUGUCUGGAAUGCAUUUGCUUUUGUACCAUAUUUUUGUAAUUGUGUGCAUCUUUCUUGUGCAUGCCGCACUAGUAGCACCUAUUCAUUACUCCUGUGGGUUGAGAUCCAGGCCGAUUUGCUUCUUAACAGGGUGAGAGACUUGCAUCCCAUUCAUUCCUUAGCCAGGGCAAGGGCCUUAUCAGCUGCUGAUCACCACCACCACGUCCCAACCCGAGGUGAGAGGUCAGGUGUGAGGGAGUGGUCUAAUGAGCCUAUCAUGCAAGUCAUCCUAACUCUCUCUCUUGUUGGCUGCUUGGCAAGCUCCAUAAUUGCUGUUUCACAUGAGGUGUAUGCAUACUACUAUACAUACCAACCUCCUGCCUUAGUGGGUGCACCUGUGUGUAGCGUGGGCUUGCUAGGGUCAUUGCUAUGGGCAGUACAUCUACAUUCCUGUAGGUUUCACUACAUUGCCUUCCUCUCCCAGGAUGUGUGAGCUGGUUUUAGCUCCCAUCCUCACGUGCUUGGUCCCUCCAGUAUCCAUGCCACCAACAGAACACAGGUUGUCUGGGUCAUAGUUUAGGCUGUAUCUUUGUGUCACUAAACUUGUUAUUUUUUCCUCAUUUGUGUUCCUCUGGCUGCUGAAAUAAUUGCGUCUCCCUAAAUACCAUUACUGACUUUUUUUCUGUCGUGCAGUUUUUGGCUGUUGUGCUGAAGCUUGACACACUAGUUGUGGUGUCCAUGGCUGUCUUGGCCCUGAUUAUAUCUUUGCCAAAUUAUUUUAUUGAUGAGCUCUAUCUCGGUGAUUGUUCUCCAGCUGCCCAUUAGCAUUUAGUUUUGUCUUGGACAUGGUCAGUGUAAUGCUAGUUCUUUCGUUACUUUAGCAGCCUGUGUUUCUGGGUAUCUGUAUCACUGCCCCUUAUGAUCUGUUCGCUAUCUGUUCAUUGCUUUUUUUUUGUUCCUAAAGAAGUAAUAGGCCUUAGAAAGACCCCAAGACUUUAUAUGGUAUGGAGUUACAUAGAUCUUGGUGAGCAUUGUUUUCGCAGCUUGAAGUACAUGAAUUUUUAUCACCAUAACCACCUUUAAUUUACUUUUCCUUGCAUCAACACUUUUGUCAUUAUCAGCAGACAGCCAGAACAAGGAGACAGUGUGUUGCCCAUGUUAUGUCAAUAAUACUUUACACCCUUCUUGGCACGUUUUUUCAGAAAAAUCUUGUAACAUUGGUAGUUUCUGCAAUAUAUUAAAUUUAUGUGGCUCACUGAAGAAUCUUCCCUUGAAGAUCUAUUGCUGGUAAUUAACUGUUGUUCUUACUUCUGCCUUAAAAUGGAGUGUACUCAUUUUUUUACGUUAAAUGAUUAAAGUAAAAGUGAGUGAUCUUUUUUAUUUAUAACACUAUUUAAGUUGUUCAAGAACUGUACUUGUAUUCAUUUGUUUAUGACCCUGUUUUGAUUGUCACUUGGUUCUCAACAGUGAGAGCCAUUAUUUUGCUUUCACUUGGGGAAACUAUUGAAGUGUUAGUUCAUGGCAAAGAGAUCUUUACACUGCUCUUUUAGGGGGUCAGUGCCUCUACAGUCUUUUUUUUUUUUUUUUUUUUUUUUUUUUUUUUUUUUUUUUUUAAUGUGAAAUUUCAGAGUUACAGCUAACUUUGCAGGAAGGAAGCUGGCAGGUUGUGGCUUAUGUUAGCAUCUGUUUGCCUUCUUUGUGUUACUGCUUUGUUUUGAUAAAGUUAUUAGAGAUUUAAAUUCAGUGACUACCACUAUUGAUUGAGAUACCCAUGUUUAAUCUUAUUUUGCCCAGGUUUGUUAAAAGCCCAUGUUUUUGUUUUUUACUUUGUAGGCUCGAUUACCUAAAUUAUGUUACGGGUUUUUUUUUUUUGCUUCAUAAAGGAAUGCUCCCUUAUUGUUUUUUCCUGCUAUGGAAGGUGGUUGGGACAUUCCCAAAUGAAACGAGAGAAAUCAAGUUUAUGAGGAUGACUUAGAAGUUAAGGAAGUCCAAGUCCGGUCCCAUUUGUUUUAUUGUGGCAUGAUUCCUGACCUCCCUUUAUAGAGUUUGAAGUAACCAGGCUUUAUUAUGAGCAGCAUUUUUAAAAUAUGUUAAUUUGACAAACUAUUAAAGUAAAAAAGUGCAUUUUCCUUAUAUACAUUGUUUAAAAGUCACACUGGGCAAAUUCACUUUGUGGCAUGACUUAAAUCCAGAAGGAAUCCAGGUUAAAUAAUUUUAGCUUUUUGCAAGUUGAUCAGCUGUUGUGUGGCUGGUAAGGGUUUGGCAAGUUUUAAACAUUAAUAUUUCAUUGGUGGUGCAUAUAAUAAAUCCAUUUGCCAUGUUGAUUCUUCCAUUGAAUUGAUGGAAAACUGUUUUGAAAAUAUUUAGUCAUCACUGUUGCAGACGUUUUAGAAUAAUUUUGUAGGCUUCUGAUUAGGAAGGUUAAUAGUCAAAAAGUUUGAGUUUUCUUUACAUGGAAAAAAAAGAGUUCGAAAUCUUGAGUGAGGCAAAAGCAGCAACAAAAAAAAAAAAACAAAACAUUGUUUGCAGGGGACGAAACUUCAUUACAUGCAUAUGUUUAUCAAAGGUUGCCCACCCUGUCUGUGACUCUGACUAUUGAGUUAAAAUUGCCACCAAGAUUUUGAAUUUUUUUUUUGUUUGUUUUAUUAUUAUUAUUCUGCCGUAUAAAAGUCAAUGUUUUGACUGCAUUCUUGAAAUGAACAGUUAAGUAGCUCUAACCCUAGGUCCCUAAAUGAUUUAUGUAUUCAUGUAUUUUUUAGCUAGUGAUCUGUAUGACUCCGCAGUCCAUAGUCUGAGUAAUUACAUUUGCUGUCUGCAUCCAGUCCUGUUUGUCUACAUAUGACCACAGUCCCUGAACAAGGUGUGCAGACUUAAUCUGUAAAUGUAAUAGUUGCCAUUCAGUAAUACUGCCUUCAGUCUGUUUCAUUUAUGUCACUUCUGCUUAAUCCAUUUUUAAAGUGUACUGGCUAGUCAAUAGGCUGUUACCAAAGCUAAAUGUAUUGGCUAUAUGUAAACUGCACAGGAGUUUCCAUUCAGAGGUAAAGAGCAUGUCUUAUAUUAACUAUUGUUCAAGUGUACCCAACCCUUUUAGGUUCUUAUUUUUAUGGUGCAGAUGACUGAAAGAGGCUUGAAGCAAGUCCAGUUGUCUGUUAGGAGUGGGGUAGUGUUUUCCAUUGGAAACCAUUGUAAAUGUGAUAGCAUACUCUGUCAGUAGGCGCAUCAUGUGGUGUCCAUGUCUUAGUGGGAGCACAGUGGGAAACAGGUCAGUUUUUUUGUACUUGUGAUUGUUCAUCAGCCUCUUAUGGUUUUAAACAGAAAAAUUAUAAAUAAAUGUUUGGAUACCUGUCUGCAUGGCGUAUGGUAAGCACCUUAGUCCAGGUGUCUGUCUUUAAAAUUCCAACUGUGUCCUUUGGGGACAGUUUUGUGACUAGCCUCUGUAGAAAGUAUAUGUGCAAUAAGUUACAUCUUUUGCUCCCAGGAAAAGAGCGAGUUACUUUUGGAAGUUUUGGAGCUGUAGUUUGCUUUUUUGAGAUGUUGCUUGUCAGUUUAAUCCAUUGCAAAAUCAGCAUGUUAAUUAAGUUGGUUUGUGAGAGGUGAUAAAGUUAUUGUUAUUAUUUAAAAGUUAAUUACUGGCAAUGGCUAGCUCUAAAACUAAUAUUGAAAGCAGUCAUAUAGGGGAGUAUUACAGCCUGAAACGGUGACAGAAGCUCAGUUUAAUAUCAGAAACUUUCUUGCUUGAAAUGUUAGGAUACCCGUUAUUACGGAUUUUCUCGUUUUCAGCAGUUUUUCCAGCUUCAGCUUGUAUUAAGAUAUUAGCAACUGGAAAAUGACCUCAUUUAAGUAAAGCAGAUCUUUUAACAUUAACACUUUAGACAGGUCAUCCGGUAACAGACACUAACCAGUAUUCUUUUUUUUCUUUAUUUUGUAACUUGCAGGCAUUAGGUUUAUUGGUUCAUUUGAAAUGCAAUCCUCUUAUGUAGUGUGGGUUAGAUGCAAGCUUUAUGUAAUUGGGUAUCUGCAUUUCAUGCAGUUUGACUGUAAAUUUAAAUGUAUUUUUUAAAUUGAUUUAGAAAACCAGUUUCAUACAACUGUAGCCUGUUCAUUUGUCUUACCUUUCUCUUUCCUACCGUAUUGUCCAACAACCUGCAUUGUGCAGACCUGGGGUUUUGAGUAAUUUGUUAACGUUUUUAGUACCUUUGACAAUGUUGUAUUGUGUCUGUUGCAUUUUUUUUCUUUUUUGAGUUAUAAAUGUUUUUGGGUCUAAAUCUGUGAGCCUGCCAAUAGCACUGAUUCCAGCAUCUGCAUUGUUUGUCUAAUUUUUCCAGUUAAAUUUUUGAAAUGAACGUAAGUGUUAACAACCCACCACAGUUUUUGUACUUGCUGAAAUAAACUUAUAUUGUUUUUUAUUUUGUAAUUGUUUUAAAAAUACUGAUUUAAAUGUUCUAUACUGUCCUGGACCACAAUAGCUGCACACUUUGAUGUAUUUGGUUGCCACAUUGCUCAUUAAUUGUCCCUGUCUCCAACCAAUUUAACCCUAAACCGAGGCACAUCUCCUGUUUGCAGUUUCUUUGCAUUGUAUUGAUCUGAUUAUUGUAAUAUGAAUCAGAUCUGAAAGAGGUCCAGAAUAAAAUAUAUUUUGAUAUUAA